UCCACCCACAGUGCAAAGGCUACUUGUGUCCCAGUGCACUUCCCCAUUAUUCAUGCAGUGUGAGCUGCCUUCCGCACGAAGUCAAAAUGUUUGUCUUUACCUUAUUUUCAGCGACCACCUGGACUUUGCUGGCUAUCCUUUUCACCCUGGUAUUACUGUAUGGCAUUUGGCCAUAUAGGUUUUUCAAAAACCUGGGAAUUAAGGGACCAAGGCCUCUGCCUUUUAUUGGAACAUUGCUAAACUUCAGAAAGGGGAUGCUUUAUUUUGACCGUGAGUGCCAUGCCAAGUAUGGGGACGUCUGGGGGGUGUUUGAUAUGCGAGUACCAGUUUUAAUGGUGGCAGACCCUGAGAUUAUUAAAACUGUGAUGGUGAAGGAGUGCUUCUCUACAUUUACCAACCGCAGGGAAGAUUUAAUUGGAGGACCUUUGUCUGAUGCAAUUACAAAUGUAAAAGAUGACAUUUGGAAAAGAAUGCGGAGCACGUUAUCCCCGUGCUUCACCAGCGGAAGACUCAAACAGGUUUUCCCCCUCGUUGCUCGCUAUGCAGACCAACUCACUGAAAAACUUGGACGAACAGAUUUGAAUGAACCCGUUGAUGUCAAACAAUUUGUGGCACCUUACAGUUUGGACGUUGUGACCAGUGCAACUUUUAGUGUUGAGGCAAACUCCAUAAAUAAUCCAGAUGACCCGAUGACUGUUCAUCUCAAGAAGAUUCUUAAUAUGAGACUAUGGCCUAUCUUUUUAUUAAUGGCGCUUCCCUUUGCUAGCCGUCUGUUGAAGCUUCUGAAGAUUGAAGUAGUCCCCAAAGCCAGUGUGGAUUAUUUCUUCAACAUCAUCAAGAGAUUUAAAGAUGAGCAUCGUACAGAGGAAUCCAGACGAGCAGACUUCCUGCAUGUGAUGAUUCAGAAUGAGUUGUCAGAAGAGGAGGUAAAGAAUGAACACGAUCAGCCGAGUAAAGGCUUGACUGAGCACGAGAUGCUUUCCCAGGCCUUAAUUUUCAUCUUUGGCGGCUAUGAGACCACCGGUUCCACUCUAACUUACAUCCUUUACAAUCUGGCCAUCAACCCUGAUGCGAUGCAGACCUUGCAGGAAGAAAUCGAUGCCAGACUACCGAGAGAUGCUCCCGUUUCAUACGAGGAUUUGAUCGGUCUUCAGUACCUGGACCAGGUUAUUUGUGAGUCCAUGCGUUUGCUUCCCACUGCACCUCGGCUUGAGAGGAUGUGCAAAAAAACGGUCCAGAUCCACGGCCUCACCAUCCCUGAAGGAACCAUGGUUGCCUUUCCUGCGCUCAUGUUACACAAGGACCCACGCUUCUGGAGCUCACCCGAGCUUUUCAAACCAGAGAGGUUCAGUAAAGACAGCGAGGAGGAGGUGAACCCGUACGUGUACAUGCCAUUUGGGCUCGGUCCUCGCAACUGCGUUGGGAUGCGAUACGCUGUCCUCACCAUGAAGAUGGUUCUUGUGCGUCUCCUGCAGAGUUACACAGUGGAAACAUGCAAAGACACCAUGAUUCCUUUAGAGUUUAACAUGAUGUCCCUGCCCAAACAGCCAAUCAAACUCAGCUUUGCUCCCAGACGAGAGACAACAGUCCGAGAGUGAGCAUGUCUUCAAAUGUGGCAACUGCUGACAGGAUGAGAUUUAAAGUUGUGUACGUCAAAUGUUUAUACUAUUGAAACUCAUACGCAUAUAAAUAUUUUUCUUGCAAUGCUGGUGUGUGUGUGUGUGUGUGUGUGUGUGUGUGUGUGUGUGUGUGUGUGUGUGUGUGUGUGUGUGUGUGUGUGUGUGUGUGUGUGUGUGUGUGUGUGUGUGUGUGUGUGUGUGUGUGUGUGUGUGUGUGUGUGUGUGCUUUUAAACAUGGCAACACUUUAUCCACUUCUUUACUCUUCAGAAUGUUUAUUUUUGCUAUAUCUUGAUUUAUAAAAAGUACAUAACUUUUCCUCUUAACAUUUUAUGAUGCAGAACAUGAAUAUACAUGAUGUUCUGAAUGGCUUACUUCAAGUGGUGUUAAAAAAAAAAGAAUAUAAUGGAUUUGUGAUUAUUAAAAGGACAAUACAAUACCUUUGCAACUGAAACGUAUUCCUUAGAGACCUUUUUGUUGGUGAUAGAUUAAAGAAUGUAAAAUAAAUUGAUCCAAGAA